CAUAAUAAUAGAAAAAAUGACACCCCCACUGACAACAGCCGAGGAUUGUCAUUUGAAAUGUCAGAAGUAGUCGAAUUUUUGAGUGUAAUCUACUUUUUCCGAGUUGCGUGAUAAAAAUUUGGCUUUUUCUUCUAACUACGAAGUGUAGAAAAAAAAUUGCAUUUAAAUGCUGGAUUGAGUACACCGACACACAUACCAACGCAUAAGUGCGUUUUAUGAUAGCAGCAAACGGCUGCAGGCUGAUUCAUAUUUAAGGACCCCACUGGUUAGUGCUAAGAAAAAAGUUACAAUUGCAUAGUUUGAAACAAAUCUAUACGUAUCACGGUUACAACAAUAUCCAAGCAACAUGUAUCAGAGCGCUUGCAAUGUCGCUACGACUGGCUCAUGUGCGCCUGGUACGGAAAAUGAUCGCGAAGCAGAACGACAGGCUGCGCUUAUGGCACAACAGCCACCCACAGCACCAGUGGAGCCAGAUUACAGCGGUUUCGAUAUAGUCAAAGCGACACAAUAUGGCGCUAUCGCGCGUGUACGUGAACUUAUCGAAUCUGGUUGGGAUGUUAAUCAACCCGACAGUGAGACUGUAACGUUACUGCAUUGGGCAGCCAUCAAUAAUAGGCGCGAUAUUAUACGUUAUUUCUUGGAGAAAGGCGCCAUUGUGGAUGCAGUAGGUGGCGAGUUGAACGCUACACCUUUGCAUUGGGCAACACGGCAAGGACAUCUCGGUUCUGUUGUGCUGCUAAUGAAUGCCGGUGCUGAUCCACGAAUACGUGAUGCCGAGGGAUGCUCCUGCAUACACAUUGCCGCACAGUUUGCGCACACCGCGUUGGUUGCGUAUUUCAUAGCAAAAGGUGUUGAUCCAGAUUUACAGGAUCGUGGUGGCAUGACGGCGCUCAUGUGGGCCGCUUGGAAGGUCUGCGCAUUAGAUCCUGUUCGUUUAUUGCUCACGCUUGGCGCCAAUCCCGCCAUGGUCGAUUACACACACGGCAACACAGCGUUACAUUGGGCCAUACUUGCACGUAAUGCGACUGCCAUUUCGACUUUGGUUCUGAAAUCACGCGCCUCCCUCGAUGUUCCUAAUUUGCGUGGCGAAACACCUUUAACAAUGCUAGAAACACAGGCGGGCGCCAUAUGGAUUGGUUCCAAAGUAUUAGAUCGCGUACGUGAGGCUUCACAAAAGACACAAACACAACGCUCCUUGAUAACACGUUUGCGUCACGACAAGCGCUUACGUUGGUGGGCAAUGGUCGCUUGUCCAUUCACCGCGUUUUACUUAGCUGGCGUCGUAUUUACACUAAAUACACUGUAUAUAAUUAAAUUCUUCCUGCUUGGUUGUUUGUAUGGCAUCUUCCAUACGCUUGGCAAAGCGUUAUUCGACGAGCAUUUGCUGGCAUUGCUACCGUUAAGCGUAUAUCUGGCGACGAAAGCGUGGUUCUAUGUCACGUGGAUUGUAUAUAUUGUGGAUGCGGUAUCAUUUGCAGAAACGCUAGUAUUUCUGACAUGCUCCGGCGCGCUUUGGGUAUGUUUUAUGAAGUCGUGGAAAGGCGAUCCAGGUAUUAUACGCCCAACGCAGGAGCAACGUUUUAAAACGAUUAUCGAAUUAUCAGAACGCGGUGGCAUCGGCUUCGAGCCUUCCUCCUUCUGUUCUGGCUGUCUGGUACGGCGUCCGAUACGUUCAAAGCAUUGCAGCGUUUGCGAUCGCUGUGUUGCGCGUUUCGAUCAUCACUGCCCCUGGGUGGGCAAUUGUAUUGGUCUCAAGAAUCACGCCUACUUCAUGGGUUUCCUCUGGAUGUUACUCAUAAUGUGCUGUUGGAUGUUGUACGGUGGCGCUUGCUAUUACAUCUAUCAAUGUAAUGUACACUUUACGCUCGUACCGCUGUCGGAUUUCCAGAAAGCAAUUAUGGACAUAGCCAAUUGUAAUGCCUGGGUUGGUUGGGUUAUGGCGAAUGCAUUGUUACAUCUCUCGUGGGUUGUGCUGCUCACAAUUUGCCAGACAUAUCAAGUCGUUUGCCUCGGUAUGACCACCAAUGAGCGCAUGAAUCGUGGACGUUAUCGACACUUUCAAGCGAAAGGUGGUCACAGUCCUUUCACGCGUGGACCACUCAACAACUUGGUCGAUUUCUUGGAAUGCAAAUGUUUUGGUUUGGUGCAACCGCGUCACAUCGAUUGGAUGAAUUACUACGAUAUGGAUAUGCAGGUGGGACGUACAACGGUGGAGCAAGAGCCGCUGUUGCGUGGCAAUGCCGAUGGUGAAGGUGGUGGCACCGAGUUGGCGCACUAUCAGUACGUGUAGGAUAAGUCGAAUCGGGAUGCGGAGACGCGCAAUGCACCCAUAGCAAAUGUUUAGGCAAACACGCAGCGACAUGUCGCGGCCGUAAAGGUAAACAAACAAACAAUGGCAUUUGAUUCGUGUGCUUUAGGUGGAAUGGGGGUGGUAGUGUGGGUUUGGCAAGAGAUUUAAGAUAACAGUGCUUUGUUGUUGUGGUAGUGUAUUAUUUAUGAAAUUUGUACGCGGUGACAUUUCGCUUAUACUAUAUUUAUAAAAUUUUUUUGAUUUGAAUUAAUUUCGCUUUCUUUAUCUUUUUAAUACAUUUUGACAACUUCUGCCUAUAGCCAUGGAUAA